AUGGCAGAAGGUUCAUGGACUUGCGAUGUCUUCUUGUCCUUCAGGGGUCCGGAUACUCGCCGUUCCUUGACUUCCUGUACUACGCAUUGGUGGAGCGUGGGUUUUCGAUGUUCAGAGACGACAAUAAAACUUAAACGCGGAGGAGCAAUCGGGCCGGGACUGCUUAAAGCCAUUGAGGAAUCAAGGGUCUCCAUUGUGGUAUUAUCGAGAAACUACGCGUCCUCAAGAUGGUGCAUGGAUGAGCUUGAGAAGAUCAUGGAGUGCAGGAGGACUUUGAGACGGGUUGUUCUUCCUGUUUUUUAUUGCGUAGAACCGUCCGACGUGCGGCUGCAGACGGGAGUGUACGCCGACACAUUUGCCUCGCAUGAACAGCUCUUUGGAGACGACCAGGUUCAGAGGUGGAGAGCUGCUUUGACUGAGGUUGCCUAUGUUUUGUAUUGA